GUAACCACCGUGUGCACAAUGCACAAUCCUAUGGCUUGACGAAUUUUGCAUCAUCACACCGCCAGUUCGAAAAGUUUAUCCGCUUUCUCUUUUGCGACCGCUCCCCUUUAUUUCUUCUUUGCUCUUCCAGUCUCUCAACAACAUGUCUGUCACUCCUGUCGCAAUCGCACAAAACAGCAUUCCGUUCGAUGUAUUACAUGUCAUCUUCUCUCACUGCAUCCAGGCUUCUGGUAGUAGGGAAGAAAGGGAUAGACUUCCGCUGCGCCUUUCUCGCGUCUCUGCCGCAUGGCGCGCUGUGGCUCUAUAAGUGCCAAGGCUCUGGGAUUGCUUGUUGCUCGGACAAUCCAGGGCCCCAGACAUUUACUUGCUCUACGAUUAUCGCCUUCAGCUCUCUGGAGACCGAAUGAUAACUUUCGAUAUACAUGCGGAUAGGUAUCUCACUGAGGAGGAGAUUAUGGUCAUUAGCAAGUAUGCUUUCAAGGUGGAGAGGUUGAUUGUUAACCCCACGAGCUACCGUUACCUGCCCAGUAUGAUCUUCUCGCAGCUUCAACACGUCUCGUUCCCCCGUUUAUCCCAAUUCGACUAUCUCGUCGACUCGGUACCCGGUAGUCUUCUUCAUGUUACUCGGAAAGUUGACGAAAACGACCCGUUCAAGGUCCCGGAGGUUAACCGCCGUUACAAAAUUCAAUGGGAACAUUGGCAAUUUGGAACUAUCACCGAGUUAACCUGGCGGUUCCUAUAUUCCGAUAACCAGCCCUAUUACAUGGAACUCUGGCGUAUUCUUGACCGCUGCAAGACAAGUCUUGAGGCCAUGGAGUACCAGGGAAGUAAUUUACCGUGCGAGGCGGACGACCAGUUGCAGGAGAUGAUUGUGUUUCCAAAGUUGCGGUCUUUAGUUUGGGGGUAUACUGAGGAUUUGUUGCCGAUUGUUUAUUUGGUGCAAGCGCCGAGACUGCGAGAGCUUACUAUCAGAAACAUCGUCGAUUGCCCAUCCACUCCCGAUAUGAAUUAUUACCCGAAGAAAUUUCUUGAGGAUGAUUCAUUCUCCCGAGUCAACCUUCUCCGAAACUUCUUGGUCCUCCACCACGAUCACGUUUCCCGUUUGCAAGCUGUUCACCUCUACGGAUGCAGAUUAGAUUAUGUGACUUUGCAGGCGUUGUUGACAUUGUCUUCCGAUCUCCGCACGUUGACGCUCUAUGCAAUAAAUCCCGAAGGCGAACGUCCACAUUAUUUCGACGCUCUUCUGACUCAGGAUAAAGAUCGCGAUUGUUUGACGACGCUCACCAUUUCGCCCGCCACGAAGGACUUGACUGUUUACUUGCAGAAGAGGAAGUCGGUUCUAGAAAACUGCAUCGUUACAGCGUGCGGUUAUGAUCAGCUGUUGAGUGGGGAAGAGCACUCGGUCGAGCGGGAGGAAACUGCGAACAAGAACCAGUCAGCAACACGGUUUUCGCCACGAGCUUUGACCAGAUGUGUGAAGAAUUUGUCAGUCAUGGAGGAGCCAGUAGAACAUGAGUGUGUUCCCGUCAGGCCAUGCAUACAACCUCUUGUGGAUGGGAUAUGGAUAGGCUUGUCUCUCGAUAGUCCAGAGGAUCGUCGAAGUUGGAGGACAAAAAUGGCGCACGGACCUUUCAGGAAUGUCGGGAAGCUGGAGGUGUAAAAAGUACAAUUUGAGAUCGAUAUCUUGUGCACAUCAAGAGAUAUAAAUACUUCUUGAUAAGUAGCGGUUUUCAACCAAUGACUUCAUCAUAGACCGUGGUGUAGUUGCCAACUGCACGUG